AUGCAGCCUCCAGGCUGUAGCGGCCCUGGGGGAUUUUAUGGGCCCCCGUCUUUGGCUUACAUGCAGCCCCAGGGUCCGUACAGUGCAGCACCGCAGGCACAACGAGAGCAGCAGAGCGAGCCAAGUGUACAGACAUGCGUGAGAGACUCUGUGCGGCUACUAGGUGAAGCAGUGGCAGUGCUGGAGGGGGUUCGUCUUCUGGGGUCACAGCUGCUGCAGUGGGGAGGUGAAUUAAAUCAAGUGGUGCAGUCUGUUAUCCCUGCAGCCCUUAUUCUACAACUCGGCAGCUGGCUAUACACCCGAACUAUUGGAGCUUCUAGGCGUCAUACACUCAGCAAAAUGCACAAAGCAUGGAGAGAGGCGAGUGGGGUAGAUAUCCCUAGCUACAGACGCACGCUGCAUGCAACCAGCAGCAACAGAAGCAGCAGCAGCAGCGGAAGCAGCAGGUGGCUGUCAACACUCCGCGACUUCUCCGCGUUGUUGGCCCUCAUUAUCGUUGCAUCUGAGCUGUACAUACACUUCAGUGUGUACAGACGGCUCGUCAGCCGCCUUCGGGUGUUGACAGCCAGGAAGAGGGGCCUCGUAGCUGCUGCUUCUUGCAGCUGCAGCAGCAGCAACAGCAGCAGCAGCACAUGCAGCAGCUGCAGCAAAUGUAUGGAGUAA